CUAUGACUAUAAAAAAGAAAAUUCAGACCAAAUAUCGACUGCCCAUUCUCAACUGGACACCUUUGAAACCCCAGCAGCUCAAGGGAACUAUCUUCUCAGAUUUAGAUGAUGAAAAGUUGUAUACAGUUAUAGACUUCAGUGAAUUUGAAGACAUCUUCCGGCUGGGUCCAGCUGGAGCACUGAUGGCUGGUGGAGACGGCACACCAAAAAUGCUCAAAAAGAACAAAAAACAGGAGUCAGUCUCACUAUUAGAACCAAACAGACUGCGUAAUGUGGCGAUUACACGACGGAAAAUUGAGCUCACCAAUGAUGACAUUGUGAAAGCAAUCAAUGGAUUGGAUAUAAAGAAGCUGUCCUUGGACAUUGUUGAUAUCAUGCUUACUAUCUUACCAAAUGACCAAGAGAUGAAAGCCUAUAAGAUUUUUGAGCGAGACAGACGGCCUGUGUCGGUGUUGUCCGAUGAGGACAAAUUUAUGCUUCAGAUGGUGAAGGUGGAAAGACUGACUCCUAAGCUUCAGAUCAUGAGUUUUAUUGGGAAUUUCUAUGACAACAUUCAUCAGCUUCAGCCUCAAGUCAAUGCCGUAAUAGCAGCUUCAAUGUCACUGAAAAAUUCACACAAAGUUAGGAAAAUCAUGGAGAUUAUCCUUGCCUUGGGUAAUUACAUGAACAGUAACAAGAGGGGAGCUGUGUAUGGUUUCAAGUUGCAGUCUCUGGAUAUGCUGGUGGACACAAAGUCUGGCGACAAGAAAACAACAUUGAUGCAUUUCCUGGCAAUGACUGUGCACGAUAAAUUCCCGGAUCUCCUGAACUUUGAUUCAGAGUUACGGUUUUUAGACAAGGCAGCAGUGGUUUCCAUGGAGAAUAUAAGCACAGACAUUCACGAGCUUGAGCGUGGAAUGGAGCUGACCAAACGAGAGUCCCAAUUGCGAAAGGACUCCCGUGAUUAUCCAUUAAUCCUUAAGGAUUUUUUGGCAAAUGCCGAUGACAAGUUUAAGAAGCUUUUGGGAGAUGUCAAAACAGCUCAGGAUUCCUACAAGAAAGUGGUUGAGUUCUAUGGAGAAAACCCUAGGAGCAUUUCACCUGCCCAGUUUUUCUCACAGAUUGUCAGAUUUGUGAAUAGUUUUAAGCAAGCCUUGUUGGACAAUGAAAGGAGGAGGAAGCUGGAGCAUGGUUUGAUGGAACCUGAGGUACAACCAAUCAAAAAGAAGGACAAGAAAAUGACUCAGUCUAGUGCAGUCAGUGAAUACUUUAGUCUCAGUGCAGUCAGUGAUGUCAAGGAGAAGAGACGACUGCUGAAUACAAACGAACCAUAUCGUAGAGCAGACGCGCUGAGAAAAAGCCAGCGUAGGAGGGCAGAAAUCAUUAUCCAGUCUCAGCAGAGUGGCUCAGGAGGAGAAGUAUUCUAA